CAUGGAGACCCUGCUUGGCGGCCUGCUGGCGUUUGGCAUGGCGUUUGCUGUGGUUGACGCCUGUCCCAAGUACUGUGUCUGCCAGAACCUGUCUGAGUCACUGGGUACCCUGUGCCCCUCUAAGGGACUGCUCUUCGUGCCCCCUGACAUCGACCGGCGGACAGUGGAGCUUCGUCUGGGUGGCAACUUCAUCAUCCACAUUGGCCGCCAGGACUUUGCCAACAUGACAGGGUUGGUGGACCUGACCCUGUCCAGGAACACCAUCAGCCACAUCCAGCCCUUCUCCUUCCUGGACCUCGAGAGUCUCCGCUCCCUGCACCUCGACAGCAACCGUCUGCCCAGCCUCGGGGAGGACACGCUCCGGGGACUGGUCAACCUGCAGCACCUCAUUGUGAACAACAAUCAGCUGGGCGGCAUCGCCGACGAGGCCUUCGAGGACUUCCUGCUCACGCUGGAGGACCUGGACCUGUCCUACAACAACCUCCAUGGCCUGCCCUGGGACUCGGUGCGACGCAUGGUCAACCUCCACCAACUGAGCCUGGACCACAACCUGCUGGACCACAUCGCCGAGGGCACCUUUGCCGACCUGCAGAAGCUGGCCCGCCUGGACCUCACCUCCAACCGGCUGCAGAAGCUGCCCCCAGACCCCAUCUUUGCCCGCUCCCAGGCCUCUGCUCUGACGGCCACACCUUUUGCCCCACCUUUGUCCUUUAGUUUUGGGGGGAACCCACUGCAUUGCAAUUGUGAGCUUCUUUGGCUGCGGAGGCUGGAGCGGGAUGAUGACCUGGAGACCUGUGGGUCCCCCGGGGGCCUCAAGGGUCGCUACUUCUGGCACGUGCGUGAGGAGGAGUUUGUGUGCGAGCCGCCUCUCAUCACCCAGCACACACACAAGCUGCUGGUUCUAGAGGGCCAGGCGGCCACGCUCAAGUGCAAGGCCAUCGGGGAUCCCAGCCCCCUUAUCCACUGGGUAGCCCCCGAUGACCGCCUGGUGGGGAACUCCUCGAGGACCGCUGUGUAUGACAAUGGCACCCUGGAUAUCCUCAUCACCACCUCUCAGGACAGCGGUGCCUUCACCUGUAUUGCUGCCAAUGCUGCCGGAGAGGCCACUGCCACGGUGGAGGUCACCAUUGUCCAGCUGCCACACCUGAGCAACAGCACCAGCCGCACUGCGCCCCCCAAGUCCCGCCUCUCAGACAUCACUGGCUCCAGCAAGACCAGUCGGGGAGGAGGAGCCAGCGGGGGUGCAGAACCUCCCAAAAGCCCCCCUGAACGGGCAGUGCUUGUAUCAGAAGUGACCACUACCUCGGCCCUGGUCAAGUGGUCCGUCAGCAAGUCAGCACCCCGGGUGAAGAUGUACCAGCUACAGUACAACUGCUCCGACGAUGAGGUACUGAUUUACAGGAUGAUCCCAGCCUCCAACAAGGCCUUCGUGGUCAACAACCUGGUAUCCGGAACCGGCUACGACUUGUGUGUGCUGGCCAUGUGGGACGACACUGGCCCGGCGCCCACGGGCACCACACACACCAAGGCCGACUACCCGCAGUGCCGCUCCAUGCACAGCCAGAUUCUGGGCGGCACCAUGAUCCUGGUCAUCGGCGGCAUCAUCGUGGCCACGCUGCUGGUCUUCAUCGUCAUCCUCAUGGUGCGCUACAAGGUCUGCAACCACGGGGCCCCCGGCAAGAUGGUGGCGGCCGUCAGCAACGUGUACUCGCAGACAACCCGCCCGCCCCCAGCCGGCGCCCGGGCAGGGGCCCCGCCGCAGGGGCAGCCCAAGGUGGUGGUGCGGAACGAGCUGGGCGACUUCAGUGCCAGCCUGGCGCGAGCCAGUGACUCCUCCUCUCCCAGCUCCCUGGGCAGCGGGGAGGCUGCGGGACUGGGGCGGGGCCCCUGGAGGCUCCCGCCCCCCGGCCCCCGCCCCAAGCCCAACCUUGACCGCCUGAUGGGGGCCUUCGCCUCCCUGGACCUCAAGAGUCAGAGAAAGGAGGAGCUGCUGGACUCCAGGACUCCAGCCGGGAGGGGGGCUGGGACAUCGGCCAGGGGCCACCACUCGGACCGAGAGCCCCUGCUAGGGGCCCCCGCGGCCCGGGCCAGGAGCCUGCUCCCCUUGCCCCUGGAGGGCAAGGCCAAGCGCAGCCACUCCUUUGACAUGGGGGACUUCGCGGCAGGCGCAGCCACGGCAGGAGGGGUCGCCCCCGGUGGCUACAGCCCCCCUCGGAGGGUCUCGAACAUCUGGACGAAGCGCAGCCUGUCUGUCAACGGCAUGCUCUUGCCCUUUGAGGAGAGUGACCUAGUGGGGGCCCGGGGGACUUUCGGCAGCUCCGAGUGGGUGAUGGAGAGUACCGUGUAGGCCGGGUGGUGGGCAGCCUUCUUCCGGCCUCCCCCGGGUGGAAGAAGGGGAAAGGAUCUUUAUUGGCAAGUCUUUGUGGAGUUUCCAUGGUGAUGUUUACAUCCAGGGACAGUUUCGUCUCCCUGUCAAAGGCCUCUUGUCCCCCCACCCCCACCCCCACACCCCACAUCAUUUUCCCAGGCCUGUCCCCCAUCACCCAGCCGGGGUGUGCUCAGGGAAUGUGGACUCGCUAACGUGUCAGACUGAGCCCUGAGUGUUUGGAAAGGCCGGACUCUGCCUUUCUAACCACAAAUGUAGCCUACAAGCAAGCGGCUUUGGAUUGCUUAUGGGUCCAGUGUUGUUUUUCUUUCUUAAUUUAUUUUUUUUUUCAUUUCCCAGACUCCUUUUCUUCAUUCACAUAGUAAAUUGAGAGUUUACCUGUGAAAGGGUUAUUCCUGGAAGCCCUGGGAGUGGCUGGGUGUGGCCAACUAACAAGAGAGGGAAUGGUUUUGGUUCUACUCUCCUUUGGGGGAAGGCAGCAGAGACCCUGCCUAGAUCCCUCCUUCCCAACCACCACCAUCCCCAUUCUGGGAGGGUGUGUCCUUGAUACCUGAUCCUUUGCUUUUCAAACAGGUCUCCCCACACCCAUCACAGCAGCGGGAACAGAACUUCUUACAUGUGGGGAGGGGAAAGGUAAUAAGGGGAUCUCAGCUCCUGGAGCUGCGUUGGGAUGUUUGCCCCCUCGUCUGGGAAGCUGGGACAGAAUGUCCCUAUAAGAAUGUGCUGGGCCUAGGGGCUUCCUGUAAGGAAAGCACUGUGGGAUGCUUUGGGCAUUGAGUCCAGAGCUCUGAGUCUGGGUUUCGAGCCAGGUGGAUAAUGAGCU